AUGGCGCGUCAGUGUCCCUACUGCGGUAUGGCCUACAAGAAUGGGCAUGGACUUUACAUCCAUCUCACCAAUCACGCCUAUUUUGAGAAUAAUUGGCGACGCCCACUCGAUGGAAUCCAUGAUGCCAGGGAAAUAACAAGCAUUGUCAACCGUGAUGUCUGGGAGGCUGAAAGACACCAGAAACCCUCCAGCUCUGGUUGGAGACGGUACCUCGUCGGUCUGGACCGUCCAGGCAAAGGAUCUGAUAAGCCCGUCUUCAGAUUCACAAAUCUACCGUUCGGUAAGUUGCACUUCUCAUCACUUUGCCGGAAGCUCGCGUGGCUUACAAACCCAUCAGAAAUUCGGCUCAUGAUCUACGAAUAUCUUUUUGGCUACGAAAAAAUCACAUUUGAAGGUUCGGAUGUGGAACGGGUCCCAAAACGCCGCGGUAUACCAUUAGAAUUUGACUCCGUCAGCUGCUCCCAAACCUUUCGAGAGGAGAUAACAUUCACUUCACGGGUCCACAACCCUUUGGCGAUUAUGAGCACAAGCUCACAAAUCUACGCUGAAGCGCGAAAGGUAUUCUACAGCCAGAACAAGUUCUACUUCCCCGACUUGCGAACUCUGCAUGUCUUCCUGCUUGGAAUCGGUGAUCAGAACGUCCAAUUUCUUCGCACGUUAGAAUGCAAGGCCAGCACACCAGGCCCUGGUACCAUACGUGGUCAAAUCCGCAAGUGCCUGCCUUGGAUCAGGAUGGCCGGUGAGAAUCCACGUCCCUCAAUUUGGUAUAGUGAGAUUUUAGACCAAAUUCUUACCCGUUGCCGUUCCGAUGUCUUUCUUGAACGCAUGUUUGGUCCGAGGAUGCACCGUGCACUCAUGAGGGUGGGGUCUCAUAAACCAAGGAAAGAGAAGGAUAUCAUUCAUCAUCUUUUCCGAAUGCAGGUUUCCUUUUACCGUCAUAACGAACAGGGUCAAGAAGUUGAGACAAAUGGCAAGGUAUCUUUUAAACUCUGUGCGUUUCGGGCUGGGCGAUAA